AUGAGCGCACGCACGGCCUCGCGCCCGCUCUCGACCCACUCGAGCCUGUCGUCCAACCCUUCGCCGCGCAAGGCCUCGCGCGCCCCGCCCCCCGUCACCUUUGACGACGCCGCCGCCGACUCGAGCGACCACAACACGCUCCUCGACUCGGCCCACCUCGACGCCAUCCUCGCCGACUUUGACCUCGAGGCCACCUCGUACCUCCGCAAACUCGCCAAAGCCCACGACGACCGCGUAAACGCCCUGCGCCGCUCGUUCCACGACUCGCUCGCCGCCCUCGACCACCAGGUCCGCACCUUGUCGCUCGACCGCUUCGUGUCCGACUUUGCCGCAGACCCGCACCGCGCCAUCACCGGCCUCGUCGGCGAGCAGAUGCGGCCCGUCCCCAUGAGCCAGGUCGAGCAGAGCGUCCGCAAGCGCAAGCGUGUCCAGCCCGCCUCGCCUCGCACCAACGCUGACGACGACGACGUCGACGUCUUCUUCUCGACCUCGAAGAAGGCCCGCUCGGGCACCUCCACGAGCGCCGCACCGAGCGGCAUGCUCUUCUCGAGCGCGGUCAAGGGCAAGGGCAAGACGGCCGGGUCCGUGUCGCGCUCGGCCUCGACGAGGAGCAAGCGCAACGGCAUGUCGCCCACCUCGAACCGCAAGCCCCGUCUCCGUCUGCGCCCGUCGACGACCGCGUCCGUGUACCGCAACAACCCGCACCUCCCGCCGACGCCCGGGCCCUCGUCGGCCUCGUUCCCGGGCGCCGCGACCGCCGCCGGCGUCGCUCCGACGACGGCGCGCCGCCCCAAGCGCGGCGAGAGCAUCGUCAUGCGCUCGAUGAACGGGAGCCCGCUCGGCGAGUUUAUCGCGAGCGAGGACGAGGGCGGCGACGACGACGACGAGUCGCGGUCGUCCGAGGACGACGACGAGGACGAGAGCGAGGGCGCGAGCGACGAAGACGAGUGGGACUUGCUCGAGCGCUACGAGGCGAGCAAGGUCGAGCACCAGUCGGCGUCCAAGGGCAAGAAGGCCAAGGCCAAGACCAAGACCCAGGCCAAGGCGUCGUCGUCGUCGUCGUCGAGCAAGACGCAGCCGCCGACCUCGUCCUCGUUCAUCGUCGCCCUCCCCGCCGGCGCGCCGUCGUUCAACGAGGUCAAGCGCCUGUGGGUCGAGCAGAUGCAGGCCAACCUGCGCAAGCUCGACGUCGGCGAGGCCGAGAAGCGCAGGCUCGAGGAGGCCCUCCUCGCGAGCGUGCCUGCCCUGUAGAGGGCGGUCGAUACUGUCGAUGGCUCGCUGUCUCUCUGUCUGUCUGUGUAGUCACUUUCUGCCAUGCGAGCACCUUUUUUUCCUG